GUUUCCUGGAACAGAGAACAAGGUCGUCAUACACUCUCAGACUGGCUAAAAAGAUAAGGACAAAGGUGUUGCUAGGAUGUGGCCAUUAAAAAAAAUGAAUAAACCCACUGCUCCAUCUUCAGAGUAUGAUGAACCCUGGCGGUCCUUGGACUGGAAUUUCUUUUUAAAUUAUCUUUCAAGCAAAGAUAGACAAAAUAUUUUGUCAACAAUAAUCAACUUCAAACCUGGGAACAAAGAAAUCAAGACUCUGAGAAUUCUUCUGUAUGGACCGCAAGGUGCUGGAAAAUCAAGCUUCUGCAACUCUGUAAAUAAUACUCUCCAGGGGCGCAUCACUACCAGAGCCCUGGCACAAUCAACAGAUACUGGUGGAAGUUUUACUUUGAAGUGCAACACAUACAAAAUGAGGAAGGACAAGGCUGGCUCUUUUUAUCCUUUCACCUUCACUGGCAUUGCUGGUAUGCAAAAUGAAAGUAACUCAAUAAAGACUGAUGACAUCAACAGAUUAUUAAAUGGUCACAUCAUCGAUGGUUACACUUUUAACCCAGUAAGUUCAAUUACUGAAGGCGACCAAAAAUACAAAAGAAACCCCAUACUGAAAGACAAGAUUCACUGUCUGGUGGCUGUUCUUCCUGCUAAUACUGUUUCUGUGAUGCAUGAGGAUGUAUUUGGGCAAAUGGGAGCAGUUCGGGACAAAGCACGAGAUCUGGACAUUCCGCAAGCCAUAAUCAUGACCAAGGUGGAUGAAGUGUGUCCACUAGUUAAAGAUAAUCUUGAGAAGAUCUACAAGAGCAAAAUCAUAAAACAGAAGGUAUAG